GUGUUAUUCAGCUUUCCGUUAUUAUUGUCUAGGCCCAGCAACUACAAGAAGUGAAACAGUUAAGUAGCUUUACCUGUAAUUAUAUUAAUUUUUUUAAUUAUAUGACUUUAGAUUUUCUACUUAAGGCAAAUUGCUUUUUAAACAACAACAAAGCUGCUUGACUAGUUUUUGUGUAGUAAGUACUUCCUGUUCUCGGUGCAUGUUGUUUUUAAUGUAAGCAAUAAAAUCUUGGCUGCUCUCUCUCUCUCAUGUCAUUUAAAAACUCAGGAUGCUUUUUCAAAUGCUUAUGAGGCAAGAUUUGUAAUUACCACAGGUCUGAAAGGGCUUUUGCAUAUUUGUACAAUAGCCUUGUUUAUUAUUUAUUUAUUAAAUGAAUAUAGCAAGUACAGCAUCUCUGUGUCACUUUAACAAUUUGUGCAGCCGUAAUGAACUUCACAUAAAGUUUGUCAGGAUUAGAGACUUUAAAAAUGGGAGAGUUCUGUUAAUUUCAUGAAAAACAGUCUUGCAAGAAGGCUCUGUUGGUGUUCCUCCUGAAAAAAUAAAAUCACAUAGGCUCAUUCCUUCUUUCAGGGAAGUUCCUGGGAAGGGGAAAGUAUCUCAUCAGCUUGUCCACAGGGCAUAUCCUUUGUUUCUUACUGAAAAUCAGAAAUUCCAGUCAAGUGACAUAUUGCAAUAGCAGAUGAAGCUCUGGUCAGUCCUGUUCAUAGAUGUCCUUGUUCUAUUCAUCAUUUGAAAUCUGUGUAGUGAAAGUCCCUGCAUGCUGCUCAGCUCGCUACAAUCUCGCACUCCUGGCCUGUUUUGGGUUCUUCCUCCUGUAUGCAUUGCGUGUGAACCUCAGUGUCGCUCUGGUGGAUAUGGUAGAACCUAACACAAGCUUAGCAAAGAAUGUGACUUCCAAUGUGUGUCCAGAGCAUUCUUCCACUAUAAAUGUUCAUCGCAACACAACGGGAGAAAAGUAUUCUUGGGAUGCUGAUACUCAGGGAUGGAUCCUUGGUUCUUUUUUCUAUGGCUAUAUCAUUACUCAGAUUCCAGGAGGAUAUCUUGCAAGCAAAAUUGGAGGCAAACUGUUGCUGGGGUUUGGCAUCUUUGGUACCUCUGUAUUCACCCUGCUUACUCCCUUAGCUGCAAAUUUAGGAGUUGGCUACCUCAUAGCUGUCAGAGCCUUGGAAGGACUGGGAGAGGGUGUUACCUUCCCAGCUAUGCAUUCAAUGUGGUCUUCUUGGGCUCCUCCACUGGAACGCAGCAAGCUCCUUAGUAUUUCAUAUGCAGGUGCACAGCUGGGAACUGUUGUGUCUCUGCCACUAUCUGGUUUAAUUUGUUACUAUAUGAACUGGGUUUAUGUGUUCUACAUAUUUGGUGCACUCGGCGUAUUGUGGUGGUUCUUCUGGAUGUUUUUGGUUAGUGAUACACCAGAAACUCACAGGAGCAUUUCACAUGCUGAAAGAGAAUAUAUACUGUCUUCUCUAAAAGAUCAGCUUUCUACACAGAAAUCUGUUCCCUGGAGACCUAUGCUGGAGUCCCUUCCUCUCUGGGCUAUUGUUGUGGCACAUUUCUCCUACAAUUGGACUUUCUAUACACUUCUUACACUCUUGCCCACAUACAUGAAGGAAAUCCUACGAUUUGAUGCAGAGGAGAAUGGAUUUUUGUCUGCCCUGCCUUAUUUUGGCUGCUGGUUAUGUAUAAUUCUGUCUGGCCAAAUUGCUGAUUAUUUACGGGAAAAACAGAACUUCUCCACUGUUUGUGUUCGGAAAUGUUUUACCCUAAUAGGAAUGAUUGGACCUGCGGUGUUCUUAGUGGCAGCCGGAUUCACAGGCUGCAACUACGCACUGGCUGUUGCAUUCGUGACCAUAUCAACAACACUAGGAGGAUUUUGUACAUCAGGCUACAGCAUCAACCAUCUGGACAUAGCACCUUCGUAUGCUGGAAUUCUCCUUGGGAUCACAAAUUCUUUUGCUACUAUCCCAGGAAUGGUGGGGCCAGUUAUUGCCAAAAACCUCACUCAGAAUAAUACUGUGGGAGAAUGGCAGAUGGUUUUCUAUAUUGCUGCCUCUAUUAAUCUAUUUGGAGCGAUUUUCUUUGCAUUAUUUGCAAGUGGAGAAGUUCAGGACUGGGCAGUCAGUGGAUAUCACUUGCAUAGGAACUGAAGGAGGUGUUGAAAUACCAAAGCUGUGCUGAGUCUCGUUGUGCUUAGAACUAUGUGACCGGAAAAGUGCCUUCCCUGCUGAUGCCUAGGAGUCUUCAGAGCUAUUCAGUUAAACUACUUUAUCUCUGUAUCUUUUGUACUCAAAAUUAUCUGACAGACUAUGUGUGCUAUUUCCUAACAAGAAAUUACUUGGAUUAGCUACAGAAAUUUCAUGCUAGGACUUGAUAUCAAAUAUAUGAUCAGAGACAUUUUUAAUCCGUGUGCUAGGCUCUAAUACUUUCCAGUUUUUAAUUAAUAUUUUCUGAAUUAGUGUGUAGGCAGAUGUUUGCUGAUAAGAGGAAAAACUAAAGUGAUUAUUUAGCACUGUAAGGAGGAAUAACAUGCAAAGAAUUGUACCCAAAAAUGUGUUUUGAAUUCCAUUAUGAAACUUAAUAGUUUUUUGCUGUUUAAAAAAUUGUAAAAGAUCUCUAGUUUCAUACAAUCUUUUAUAGUACUUUUAUUUUGUCAUUGCUUUAAUGAUGGCUAAAAAAAUGCAUGUGAUUUACUUCUAUUUUAUGCAUAAGUUUUGAAUAUAUAAACAUUCCCUGUUUCAUGAAUACAGCUUCACAACUAAUACACAGCAACAAAGAAGUAAAUGUACCAUUGGAACUGAGAGAAUAAACCACAUAUCCUCUGAGGUGCAGGUUUUUCAAAUAGCCUCAUUAUGUCUCUCUGCAAAGAAGAAGCAGUGCAUCUCAGUGGUUUAAAUCUAGGCAGUGUACAAGAGUGAACUUGAAAUAGAAUAUUUGCAUGAAUACCUUAAAAUAACUUUCAGUUUGGCGAUUAAUUUUUUUGUCCCUUUAAAUCAAUGCAGUGGAAUUCUUUCCUCUUGCAUGUAGUUAUGUUUGUCAGCUUGUCAGUGUAAAUGAAAUAAAAUAAGGCCAGUGUAGCAAAUAAUGAGGAAAAUCAGUUCUCUAACAGCCUUGUUUGUUAGUCAGAUAAAACUAGAGUAUAAAAGAACUAGUGCAAUAACCUGAUGCUGGUACUCUCCUAUCAAGAUAGAGUUUGACACUCAAGAGCAUUCUUUGCACAACAUGCGCUUAAAUGCCACAGACUAGGAUUAAAAGUUGUAAAAGCAGUGGCCUUGUUAAAAACAAAUGGCUGAAUAAUGUUAGAGCCACAAAGCAAAGGAAAAUUCCUGUGCCAAAGAUUCCUGGAUUGGAGCAAUUAGGUAAAAAGGAAAAAUCACUGGGCUCUGGGUUUUUCAUUUACCAUCAAUCCAAAAGAAAAGCCCAGUACUAAAGCUGCUCCGGUGGAGCCUACCUUCCUUCAUUUCUAGGAAAUGGCAUCUGCCUCUCCUUUUUAGCUUUAAGAGCCGUUUUCUUUUGGCCUUCCUUGAAGUGUCAUGUUCUCUGAUAGUGGUGUUUAAAUUUCUGUUUGUGUCUGUAGCAUUUCCACAAUAAACAAUGUAUUGUUCAGACUAAAUUAGAACUUAUUCAUUGGGAGUAUGUUAAAACUAUAUUGUGUCUUCAGUGUUUCUACAAUAAAUGGAUUGAAUAUUUACA